UGUUGCUCAAGAUAAGUUACUGGACUUUUUAAAACUGAAACCAUAGCAAAUAUGUACUUAUGUUAUUGAUUUGUUAUGUUUUCUUAUAAGUUUAUGUUUUAUAAAAUAUAUAUGUAUUGUACAAAGAAAUAAUUGAAUUAUUUAUAUAUUUGUUUUUGCUCUGGUUGUUGGUAUUUAGUAGGCAUUUAUGGAUAUGUUAUGAUCUGUUUUCGGAUGUUGAGAUGAAUCGUGUAAGGAUAUUUUCUAAUGAUUUAUGGUUCUUUAAUUUUGGAUUUGGACGUAUUAUUUCAUGUGGGAGGACCUAUUGAUGAUCACAGUAGGGGUAUGGGUCAUACUUUCGGGUAUGAGUGUUUGUUUUUAAAAUUUAUGCUUUCCCAGUUGUUACAUGCCUCACACAUGAGUUUAUUUGGAUUUUGGAUUUCGGAUUACCAACAGGUAAUAUUAUGUUAUGGAAAGUUCUACUAAGUACUUAACAAUUAGAAUUUAUAUGAAAAUCAUGUUUGUAUUGUUAAAGAUUGUUUUUGUAUAUUUAUUUGUUAUGAUUUUAAGUAUUUUCUUAUUUUAUAGUUAUAAAAAAUCUAGUAGUUUGCUGAGUUGUAUACUCAUUAUUUAUUGUUAUGGUUUCAAGUGCACCAUAGUUUCAAGGUAGCUGGAUUUGGCAUAGGAUAAUGGCGUUUAGUUGUUUUAUUUUUAUAUCAGUUGGCUUGAAAGAACUUUUGGGUGUAGGAGUUUAUUUUGGUUUAUUUUCUUUGGAGAUAUUUUUUUUAGAUAUUAUUUAUUAACGAUGUUUGGAGAUUUUUUAUGUUCCGCAUUAUAAGUUUUAUUAAGUGUUAUAAGUAUGACUUUUAUUACAUUUCGAGUAUAUAGGCUUGGGGUGUGAUAGUUUUGAUAUCAGAGCUAAGGUUUAUAUAGGGUCUUGUAGACAAUUAGAUAGAGCUUUAGAGACAAUAAGUUAAAUGCCAAAUUCAUAGGACUAUCUAUUUAUUUUGUGAUCUUAGGAAAUUUAUGCUUAGGAAAUUUAUGCUUAUCUUUCUAUAUAUAUAUGCUUUAUUUUGUAGUAUGCCUCCUUUUAGAAUAGACAUUAACAAUCUUGGAAAUGUUUCGGAUGUUAAUCAAGAGAAUGCACCUCCGCCACAUGGAAAUGCACAGGCACCUUAAGCAAAUGAUUUUAUAGCCUUGUUUCAGAACUUUAUGCAGGCAAUGACAAAUGCAGUUGAACACAACCUCGUGCUGGCAAUGCAACUAUUGUUGAGCAAUUUCGAAAGUUGCAACCACCAUUUUUUGAAGGAUCAACUAACCCUUUGGUAGCUGAAGAUUGGAUCAGAAAGAUAGAGAAAAUUUUGAAUUUUAUGGAGUGCACUGAUGCACAGAAGGUCACAUGUGCUGUUUACAUGUUGAAGCAAGGUGCUAGCCAUUGGUGGGAGAUGAUUAGUAGAGCUUGGGAUGUGCAAAGGAACCCAAUUACUUUGGUUAGAUUCAAGGUUAAAGCAAGGUAAGAUGACAUUAGCCCUGUAUGAGAGGAAGUUUGAUGAACUUUUCAGAUAUGCACCUUAUCUUGUUGAUACUGAUGAAAGAAAGGCUCAAAAAUUUGAGAGAGGCCUUAUGGAUGGGUUAAGAAGGCCAAUUUCAGUGCUGCGGUUGCAAACUUAUGGUGAGGUUCUUCAGAGAGCCCAGAUAUUAGAGAAUGAUGAUGAGAUGUCUAUGAAAGCUGAGUCUAAAAAGCGAGGUAGAAGCCCAUCACGGAAAGGGACUUACGAUAAGAACAUCAAACAGAGAUCUGAUGGGAGAAGAGGAGACCUAAAGAAAGUAAAGAAUGAACAGUUUGGAAACAUGGAAUAUCCUACAUGUGAGACUUGCAGAAAGAAACACCCAGGUGAAUGUUAUAGGAAGACUGGUGCAUGUUUCAAGUGUGGAAAGCAUGGACAUCUCUUCAAGAAUUGCCCUAACGUUGGGAAUGCAACUCAAAAGGUUAAAAGGGACCAACUUACUCAAAGAUGUGUUUAUGUGCUUAUUAGACAUGAUGCAGAGGUUUCACCUUCUAUGGUGGCAGAUGAAUUGCCUGGAAUUCUGCCUGAGCGAGAGGUAGAGUUUAAGAUCGAUCUAGCACCAGAUACAAGAUCAAUAUCUAAAGCACUUUAUUGAAUGGCACCUUCAGAUCUUAAGGAGUGAAGGAGCAAUUGCAGGAUUUAUUGGACAAAGGGUUCAUUAGACCAAGUGUUUCGCCUUGGGGAGCUCCAGUGUUAUUCGUUAAGAAGAAGGAUGGGACUAUGAGGUUAUGCAUUGAUUAUCGGGAGCUCAACAAGGUAACUAUAAAUAAUAAAUACCCACUGCCAAGAAUUGAAGAUUUAUUUGACCAACUACAAGAAGCUUGUGUAUUCUUAAAGAUUGACUUGCGAUAUGGGUAUCCUCAAUUAUGUAUCAAAAAGGAAGACAUUCCAAAGUCAGCCUUUUGAACGUGAUAUGGUCACUAUCAGUUUUUAGUAAUGCCAUUCGGGUUGACUAAUGCUCCUGCAAUUUUUAUGGAUCUAAUGAAUCGAGUUUUCAAAGACUACUUGGAUAAAUUCGUUAUUGUGUUUAUUGACGACAUAUUAGUUUAUUCAAAGACUCGUAAGCAACAUGAAGAUCAUUUAAGGAAGGUGUUAGAGGUGUUAAGAACCAACCAAUUGUA